AUGCCCCCGUGCCCCGCGCGUUCUAAAUUCAGCGCGAGCGUUAACGUGUGUGUGCCGGAAGGCAGCGUAUUUGACGACUGCAUAUCGAAAGGCGGCGUGCCGGUGACGGACGGGUUACCAAUCAUCCCUGACGCUGGUCCACUAUCUAUUGAGGAGCGUUGCAACAUGUUUGGCGGCAUAAUCGCCCAUCCCACGGAAUGCCAGGCAUACUAUAACUGCAGUAUGCGCUACCAGAAUGUACCUCGCGUUCUGGAACAACACAUGGUCGAGUGUUCGUACCCCGAACUCUUUAACGCGGAGACUAAGAAGUGUGAACAUUUUGAAAACGUGAAAUGUGGAUCUAGACGAGAAUUUAAAUAUGCUUGCAACUACAGAAGGAACAGCUGCCCAGUAGCCCACUGUAUUCCUUGCAGUGUCUGGUCCGGCAACUGUGAGGGGAAACCCGACGGCAUUGCACCGCACGAGACGAAACUGUGGAGUCCAUACUAUGUGGUCUGCUACAAAGAACGCGCCGUUGAGCACAACACGUGCAAUGCUGACGAGAGCGGACGGGGGCAGUUAUUCCAUCCAGACUUGAACCAAUGUGUUCCUCUGGACAUGAUCCCGCGAGAUCACGGAGGAAUGAUGCCCGAGUGCGGGACCAAGUUAGACGGCCUCUACCCGGAUGUGUUCGGUCGGUGUGACCGAUAUGUCCACUGCAAAGGCGGCAAGUACACGGGCACUGUCAAGUGCGCGGUCGGCGAGGUGUUUGACUUCACUCGUGCCGCUUGUAUGCCGGAACAUCAAGCCUGUGGGCCGUGCGGCAAGCAUGAAAACUGCUAAGAGAGUGCAUCAAUGUUGGGUAUCGAGAGUGCGAACUUUUCCAGCGUUGAUUGCCAUCGCAGAUUCAUUUUUAAAACAACUGAUUG